GUUUGGAAUUUUGUAGAAAAGCUUUGUUUGUUGAAAAGUUUGUGAAUUCUUCGGUUUUUCACAUUUUCAAAAGUUAUUGCCGUAAAAAAAAUCGACAAAAUGACAUCCACAACUCUUGCGUCGAUGAGUUUGGUUUUGACGAACCGCGAUGUAAAAAACUCAGUAAACACUGUCCAACUAUCCAAGAAAUAUGUCAAGAGACUGGUGAAAAUCUCGAUUUUGAACAUUAUUUACCGGCGAAUUGCGAUUUCGGAGAAGGAAUUUGAGGUGAAGAAAUAUGAAAACAUUCCCUACAGAGUAUGUAAACGCAAGUCUCAAAAUACCUUUAUGAGGGUAUAUUAUCAUUCGGUUACCAAUAGUAUGAUUGAAGCUAUAGAAAAGGAUUAUCUGAAGGAAAUUGUUAUGCACAUCAUCGGAAAGGAUAAUAAUGACGAUCCCUUGGAAACUUACAAUAUAAAAAUUAAAUAUAACAAACAAGAUUCCAAGUCUAAUCAGAAAAGUUCAGCAGUAAAAGCCGCAACCAUGGAGUAUUUAAAAGCUCUGAGUGGAAUACCAGGGAAGAAGUGGCAAGAAGACAAUGUGAAAAUGUUUUUCGAGAUUUCUUAUAACGAAGGCGUUCCAAUUGAAUAUGAGCCUCCUAACUUUGAACCAGCCAAAAAACUGCUGUGUUCUAACCCAAAUAGAAUAAUAAGCUUGGGAGCUAUUUCUACUGGCUUUCAUAAAGUCAGUAUGUGGGGCCGCGGCGUAAAUUUUGCCGAAAUCCGAGAACUUACUCCUUCUGGAAAUAGUUCAGUCCCAGUAAGUAAUACGAAAAACCACUUAUUGGAGGAUGACGAUAACAUGGAAGACAUCCCUGAGGUGAAGCGGAAGCAGAACAAUGGUACAUGCGGCGAAAAUGCGUCAAAAAAACGUAAACUGCAGGUCAUAUCACCUAGUUGUGACAUAAGUACAAAUGGAGAACUUGAUUGGGGAAAUAUUUCGAUCAUGUCCAGUGAAGAUGACACAUACUGUCCGUGUAAAUGGCGACUGCCUGACAAAUAUGAAACCAUAAAAUGCACAAAAUGUUUUGCAAAAGUGCAUUUAGCAUGCCACGGAUACAUCAAUAUCGAAGCUGUUGAUAAAACUAAGUUUAGCUGCUAUACAUGUUCAUAUUCUAGGACUGGCAAGAACAAAUUAAACAAAAUGAAUUUGUUGAUAAAAACGAGAGCAAUUCUCUAUGGAAUUCAACUUGAAAAGUCUAUUCCAAACGAAAUGAAGUUGGCUACUAAAGAUGAAGCUGCGUAUAUUCUAGAACAACUAGACUCACUUGGAGUUAUUGACUGCUCGUCUUCUUCGUUUAGCAAGAUCAACGAAAAGUCCUUAAGCAGUGCAAUCCUGGCAACAUUUAAUUUAAAAGAUGCUCAAAACCUAGCUUAGGUUAAUUAAAAAAAAAAACGUUUUUUACAUUUGUUACAUACUUAUUACUGUUAAUUAAUACUACAUAUUUAUUACUGUUAAUUAAUUGUUUAUGAUAUACUUAAUUGUUGUAGUUUCAAAGAGACAAAUAUUUUCAUUCCAAUGUAAUCAUCGUCGACUAGUUACUCCCUUAUUAUUACCUUAUGUAGUACUUUCUAUGUAUUACCGAAUUUGUUCCGUGUUCGUUUUGCGGAUUACAUUUAAUAAAAAAAAAAUUAUUCAAUGAAA